UGAACAAGGUAUCACCCUUGGGGUCGGGGUCUGAAGUGGUGUGGACACAGAAGGCUACUGACACAGGUAGUGUCACUGUAGAGAUGCCAGGAAUAAAUGUAAAUAACAACGAAUUCACACAGUUUGACUCCCCUGCUGACAAUAAGUAUGAAUAUAUCACUACAGACGAUUACCUUUAUACAGAGCCCUUAGACUUGUCCAUCAAACUGCAGCCAAACGUUGGUAAUCCCUUCAUAGGGAGCGGUGCAGGGAGAAGCAUUGAUGUAUUUAGUAGACAGGAUGUUCAAGUUGUGUCAACAAGUCCUAAUGAUGAUGUAAAUAUUGGAAAGACAAUUAAUUUUGAUGGGCAUGAAGCUUUCGGUGCAGUGUGUGUCAUUCAGAACAAACUCCCCAUGCCUUCUUUAAACACCACACAUUUGAGCACUUUCGACAGGAUGAAUACUGAUCAUGAUACUGCAAGGAAUGUAGACUGUGUUGAAGUGAAUUGCUACAAUCCAAGAAGCCAUUUACAGACAGAACAGGAGAAUGACAAAGGAGUUUUAUCCAGACCUAGUCCUAGAGAAACUGAAUUUGAUGAGAAUGCCAACUACAUCGGUCUUGAGUUGAAAACCAGCAAGUCAUGUUUAAGUAACAGAAAUAUGCUUAGUCAGCUAGAUAGUAAUAAAUUCUGUGAAAAUUUACAACAGGAAAGUAACGGCGUAGUCCAACAUGCUACCAGGACUAGCUUGUGGUACCAUGACAGACCUCAGGAUACCGCCACGGCCACUAGGUCUGAGGUUCCAUAUACAGCCACUAGGUCUGAGGUUCCAUAUACAGCCACCAGGUCUGAGGUUCCAUAUACAGCCACCAGGUCUGAGGUUCCAUAUACUGCCACAAGGUCAGAGUUUCCCUAUACAGCCACCAGGUCUGAAGGUUCCUGUUCAGCCACAAGGUCAGAGUUUCCCUAUACAGCCACCAGGUCUGAAGGUUCCUGUUCAGCCACCAGACCAGAGAUUCCCUAUGCAGCCACCAGGUGUGAGGAUUUCUGUCUCCCUAGGCAUGACGAUAUUCAGUCUGGAUCUCAAGUGCAGUCAAGGAAUACCAGGCAACAAGAAAGGAAGGGGGAACUACCAACUCCCAGAUCAGGGAGCAGAAUUCAGGACACAUUUAGAUCAGAUGGAGAUGUGGAUUGGAUAAAUUCCAACUUAAACCAUCACAAAAUGGACAAGGAAAGAAGCUGGCCGGAUUUGAAGUUGAUGAGAGAAAGCCAAGAUUCGAGAGAAAAACAUUAUCCAAAUGCCUCUUAUAACUCUAACAGGGAUACACACACAGAGCCAGAGGAGACAAUGUUGAUGCAUAUGAUGUAUACUCAGCCGACAUUAGGAGCUGAUGGGUACAGCGAGGAGGACAUGCAUUUCAAACGAGGAGGGUCCAGUGGUAGGAGAUUACAGUGUAGCUAUCCUAUGGAUUCGAUGAAAAUUAAUCUGGAGAAUAAAGAUGUACCAUUGGAUUUAUCUUGUAAUAAAACAUACACCAUUCCAAGGGGAUCUGUUCCUGAUCAGCCUAUUUCUGUUGGUAACUUUCGGCCAAGUUUCGAAUCUUCAGUUCGUGGCCUCCGACCUACUUUUGAGAAUUUUCCUGACCUUCAGCCUAAAUUUUCAAGUUCCAUGUGCAACGUUCAGUCUCAUUUUGGAAUUGUGAAUGAAUUGCCUAAUGUUAGGAAGUUGAACUCCAGUUAUUUGAUGUUUCCAGGGAUUCUAACAAAUCUGUGUCUGCCAGACAAUAUACCAGAACUUCUUAGUCAACCUGCCAUACCCAAUCCAGGCUGUAUCGCCUACCCACAGCAACCAAUGAUGCCGCCAUUUGAUUGGUCGGAUCCUAGAGUUACAGGUGGUGCCGAAACUUGGAAGGCUACUCCUUACCAACCUGUGCCAGAUGUGGUGCCCAUUGCGGAACAUAGUACACACCCCAAUCAAGUGCUAGCAGCUCCGGGACCAGUACAACUUCCAGAUUACGUGUCUGACUCUUUUGGGUAUAAUUAUAAAUCACACCCUAGAAGAGACAGUGGCAGCAAAAAUCUUUCAAGGAAACGGACGUCAAGGACAAAGAAAAAAUAUAAAGUUCUGAGCCAGAUCCUAGAGAGCCGUGAUGAAUCAGAAUUUAGGAAGAUAGCCCGACCUGAAAAUUGUCCUCUUCCUUCUGUGAAAUCUGGUACAUCAUGUACAAGUUUCCAUGUACAUCCCAUAGCACAGACAUUUCCUGCUAUGCCUCACAGACAUUUCAUGCCAGGCCCAUCAGACUCGUAUCUACAGCCUCCCAGUGCCUCUGUAUCACUUCCUUGUCAGCAGUCAUGCUUUUCUGACAAUAUUCUCAGGAAGAAGCCGCCUGGAAUUUCGGGUCAUGACAAGGAGCUGUUCAGACCCUAUAUGGAUUAUAAAGAGACGAUGUCUAACAGAAAUCCAGACAUGACCUCCAGAAUGAUGAAUACUGGUUUACAGAAUUCAAAUUUUAAUGUGGUUGGGCCACCUGGGAAAUUCAAAUUUCAAGAAGGAAGAUAUAAUGACACAGGAGGAAAUUCAAAUGUAAGGUCCUAUGUAAAUAUGCCAUUUCAUGGAAAUCUAGAUUCACAGUCAGUAUCUAGUGUUAAUAAAGCUGGAUAUUCUCAGUUUGGAGACACGGAAAAUGUACAGCAGUUUCAAGUUCCACAUGACACAGGUUACCAGCCUGUCGCACCUAGUUGGGGUCAGCACUGUUUUAACGGUGAUGAAACAAAUAUCUUCAGACAUCCGAAUGAGAUCAACAGAACAUGGUUUCAUGGAAAUCAAAGACAAGUCUUGGAUCACAACAGAAACAUAGAUGCUGUUACUGAACACGGAAAGAUUGGUGUCGAAAUGUCACAUACAACUAAAAGAUCUAGAAUUUCACGAAAAAACUGGAAAAACUGGUUUGUUGGACAAUAGAAAUGAUGACGAUGGCUGCAAUGGUAACAUUGGAAUGCCUUGUGCUGUAAGGCCAACCACAGGAUACACAGAAGGACCAUCUCUGGAAAAGACAAAUCUUGUGAAGUUUGUUCAUAAGAGUCUUGCUCAAGACCCAAGUAAUGGGCAGUCUGCGAACCAACUGACUAGUCGCAGGAAUAUGGAGAAUUAUUGCUGUAAAUGUUGGUCGCGGGGGAAGUGUCGUAGCUGUGUGUGCAGUAAGACUGGAUGUCACAACUGUCGAAACCCUCUCUGCUGCUUUAAGGACACAAGUCCAAGUUUUAAAAGAGCCACACAAACAAAUAAAAAGUCGAGACGGCAAUGCAAGAACCACACAAGAUCAAAGAGAACUACAAAACAACAAAAUGGACAGGAAUGUCCCGGCGAACUGAAUCCUGGGUUUAUCAGCAGGACACACAGACAGACACGCACUUCUAAACAAACUUGUACAGAUGUUGGCCCAGUUAGAGACUCGAAACUGGCAGAUUCUGAACACAGUGAACAGGGCUCAGUGAUGAAUUACAAACCAGUAACAAACAGAACACUUUUAGAAGGAUCAAAGGGGCCAGGUCAAGUAGAAGGAUCGAAGGAAGUACACCAGCCAGGUCAUGUUGAAGGAUCAAAGGGAGUACAAAGGCCUGGUCAUGUAGAAGGAUCGA